AUGGCGGAUGCCGCGCCGCGGGGCUCGGGCGUGAGCCGCCUCGGGCGCGAUACGCUGCCGCACGGGCGGGGGCGCGCGUCGGACACGCUGGGCUGGACGCCGCUUCCGUCCGAUGUCGCGCUGCGGCAAGUGAUUUUUGUCCUGCGGCACGGCGAGCGCGCGCCGGUGCGUACGCGGAUGCAGACGGCCACGCCGCCGAUCCCGCUGCGCUGGAACUUUUGCCAUACCUCGCACGAGUUUGACAAGGCGGUGCUGCGCCUCGCCGAGGGCGAAAAAGACGGCGUGCCGUCCAGGGCCAUGAUCCAGCGCAGGAUCGAAGUGGCGUGCCCAGGGACAGAGCCUGCGCCGGGUGCGCCGGGCGACUGCCUCCUGGGUGAGCUGACGGACCUGGGGCGCAUGUCGAUGCUCCAGCUCGGCCGCGCGAUGCGGCGCCUGUACGUCGACAAGCUGCACUUUUUGCCAGAGCGCCUCGCGGCGAGCGACGAGGCGAUGGUCUACUUCCGCAGUACCGAUAUGCGCCGCACCGCGCAGAGCCUCGACCAGGUGAUUACCGGUUUGAUGGACCCGUUUCUGGGGCAGCCUGGAACGCUUGUGCCCCAUGUAUUUAUACGCAACAUUACCGAAGAAAAUAUGCUCCCCAACCCCCGCACCUGCGGCCGCCUCGCGCAGCUCAUGCGCACGUUUGCAAAAGAGGCCGCGGUCGUGUACAACCCCAAGCUCGCGCAGCUCGACGAGAGCAUCGCGCCGCACAACAACGGAAAGGGACCGCGCGUCGACGGCCAGCCGCGCCUGAGCGGCCUCGUAGACACGGCGCGCGCCGCGGCGGCCCACGGCAUCGAUGCCCCGGCGCCGUUCCUCGACGAAAAGGCCAUGGGGCUCAUGGAAGAGGCCGUGGUGCACGAGUGGUUCGCGGGCUUUGCGAACCAGAACGAGCAAGAGGCGCUGCAGUACCGCCGCCUGGCGACGGGCGACUUUUUCGCGUCGCUGUACGGCAGCUUUGCGCACCGCAUUCGCCUCGGCGAGCGCGAUCCGAGCCGCCUGCGUGUAUACCUUGGCCACGACGCGACGCUCGUCGGAAUCCUGCAUACCCUCGAAUGCUUCAACGGCAAGUGGCCGUCGUUUGGCUCGGCGCUGAGCAUGGAGCUGCUCGAGAAGGAGAGCGGCGACGGCGCCUAUGUGCGGUGCCGCUACGGCGACGAGCCGCUCGUCGUCCCGGGAUGCAGCGCGCCGGGCAAGCACUAUCCCGGCCGCCCAGAGAUCUGCACGCUCGCCGCGUUCCGCGAGGUGGUCGUCGACCGCCUGCGCCAUCCCGACAAUGUCAGCGUGCAGGAGGAAUGCAACCUGCUCGCCGAGCACUAA